AGCAGGGCAGUCGCCCACGCGAGAUCCAUGCACUGUAACCAGCACUGCAUCUGCUGGGCUCCUCGAUGUCCUAAGUGAGCCUUGCUUACUGUGUCAGACCACAGGGUGACACUUCCCCUCUAAGGUCAUCUGCCACCAUUCUGAACAGACAGCCUUUGGAACAAGAGGGUAGCUUGAGGUGUUUUCAGAAGACAUCAGCUUUCCACCGUGUGGUGCAGGCAGUCUCCUGGGACCCGCUUUGACUUAGUCUCACUGGGAAGGCUCAGGUGUUGGAGAGUCAUGCCCAGGCACCCCGGGGCCCUCCUGAUGUCCCACGAGGCCUCAGUGCUCCUGAACAUCCGGCCCGCCCCGCUCCACCUCUACUGGAGAGGCUUGCAGGCCCCGCCCCGGGGCUCUCUGUGCUGCGCCGCGUUCUCCCUUCGCCUGUAGCCCGGAGGGAGCUGUGCAGGGAGCCUCGCCAGGAUUCAGGAGGAGAAAGUUCAUCUCGGCCAGACCAACCGCCCGUCGGGGCUAGCUUUCUCAGGGCGAGGCAGCCGGUCUGCCACCACCCUCCAUGCCCUCCGCUGUCCGAAGGCGGCCCCUCUGUUCCCGGAGUGUUGCGGGGCUUCGUGGCGUCUACCUGAACUCAGUCAGACCGCCCGCUUCUCUGCAGUGCUGGCCGCUCUUACGUGAAGAUGGCGGUGCCCAGGCAGCUGCUGCUGCUCCUCUGGAAGAACUACACACUGCAGAAACGGAAGGUGCUGGUGACAGCCCUGGAACUCUUCCUGCCAUUACUGUUUUCUGGGAUCCUGAUUUGGCUCCGCUUGAAGAUUCAGUCAGAAAACGUGCCCAACGCCACCGUCUACCCUGGCCAGUCCAUCCAGGUGCUGCCGCUGUUCUUCACCAUCCCCCCGCCGGGAGACUCCUGGGAGCUCGCCUACAUCCCUUCCCACAGCGAGGCCGCCAGGACGGUCACCGAGGCAGCCAGGAAGGCACUGGUGAUCAACAUGAGAGUACCACCUCCGGUUCAGUUGCACACGGAGGAACUACAUGUGGACCCAGGCAGGCUCCGUCUUCCUGAAGGAGGCCGAGGGCUGGUAUACCACCUCCCUCUUCCCGCUUUUCCCAAACCCAGGGCCGAGGGAGCCUACGUCCCCCGACGGCGGAGAGCCAGGGUAUAUCCGAGAAGGCUUCCUGGCUGUGCAGCAUGCCGUGGACAGAGCCAUCAUGCACUACCACGCAAACACCUCCGCGCACCAGCUGUUCCAGAAGCUCACGGUGAUGGCAAAGAGGUUCCCGUACCCACCCUUCAUCUCGGACCCCUUCCUCAUCGCCAUCCAGUACCAGCUGCCACUGCUGCUCACGCUGAGCUUCACCUACACCUCGCUGGCCAUCAUCCGGGCCGUGGUGCAGGAGAAGGAGAGGAAGCUGAAGGAGUACAUGCGCAUGACGGGGCUCAGCAACUGGCUGCACUGGGCCGCCUGGUUCCUCGUCUUCUUCCUCUUCCUCCUCGUCGUGGUCUCCUUCAUGACGCUGCUCUUCUGUGUCAAGGUGAAGAAGGACGUGGCCGUGCUCUCCGGCAGCGACCCCUCCUUGGUGCUGGCCUUCCUGGCGUGUUUCGCCGUCUCCUCCAUCUCCUUCAGCUUCAUGGUCAGCACCUUCUUCAGCAGAGCCAACAUGGCGGCAGCCAUCGGAGGCUCCCUCUACUUUUUCUCGUACGUCCCGUACUUCUUCCUCGCCCCUCGGUACAACUGGAUGACUCUGGGCCAGAAACUCUUCUCCUGUCUUCUGUCCAAUGUUGCCAUGGCGAUGGGCGCCCAGCUCAUUGGGAAGUUCGAGGCAAAAGGCACCGGUGUGCAGUGGCGAGACCUCCUGAGUCCCGUCAACGUGGAUGACGACCUCUGCUUUGGGCAAGUGCUGGGCAUGCUGCUGCUGGACGCGGUGCUCUACGGCCUGGUGACCUGGUAUGUGGAGGCCGUCUUCCCGGGGCAGUUCGGCGUGCCCCAGCCCUGCUACUUCUUCGUCUUGCCCUCGUAUUGGCGCGGGAGCCCACGGACGGCCCUGGGGAAGGAAGACGAUGACAGCGACCCUGAGAAAGUUCUGCGGACAGAGUUCUUCGAGGCUGAGCCCGAGGACCUGGUGGCCGGGAUCAAGAUCAAGCACUUGUCCAAGGUGUUCCGGGUGGGGGGUGAGGACAAGGCUGCCGUCAGAGACCUGAACUUGAACCUGUACGAGGGGCAGAUCACGGUCCUGCUAGGCCACAACGGCGCGGGGAAGACCACCACGCUGUCCAUGCUCACAGGUCUCUUCCCCCCUACCAGUGGACGGGCCUAUAUUAGUGGGUACGAGAUUUCCCGGGACAUGGUUCAGAUCCGGAAGAACCUGGGCCUGUGCCCCCAGCACGAUGUCCUGUUUGACAACCUGACGGUCACAGAGCACCUCUACUUCUACGCCCAGCUGAAAGGCUUGUCACGCCAGAAGUGCCCCGAAGAAGUCAAACAGAUGCUGCACACCCUGGGCCUGGAGGACACGCGGGACUCCCGCAGCAGGUUUCUGAGCGGGGGCAUGAGGCGCAGGCUCUCCAUCGGCAUCGCUCUCAUCGCAGGCUCCAAGGUGCAGGCUACCACAUGACGCUGGUGAAGGAGCCACACUGCAACCUCGAAGGUGUCUCCCAGCUGGUCCGCCACCACGUCCCCAAUGCCACGCUGCAGAGCAGCGCCGGGGCUGAGCUGUCCUUCGUUCUUCCCAAGGAGAGCACACACAGGUUUGAAAGUCUCUUUGCCAAGCUGGAGAAGCACCAGGAGGAGCUGGGCAUCGCCAGCUUCGGGGCCUCCGUGACCACCAUGGAGGAGGUCUUCCUCCGGGUCGGCAAGCUGGUAGACAGCAGCAUGGACAUCCAAGCCGUCCAGCUCCCGGCCCUGCAGUACCAGCACGAGAGGCGGGCCAGCGACUGGGCCCUGGAUGGCAACCUGUGCGGGGUGAUGGACCCCACCGACGGCAUCGGGGCCCUUAUCGAGGAAGAGCGUGCAGCUGUCAAGCUCAACACCGGGCUCGCCCUCCACUGCCAGCAGUUCUGGGCCAUGCUCCUGAAGAAGGCCUUAUACAGCUGGCGGGAGUGGAAGAUGGUGGCGGCUCAGGUCCUGGUCCCUCUGACCUGCGUCACCUUGGCCCUCCUGGCCAUCAACUACUCCUCCGAGAUCUUGGAUGACCCCGUCCUGAAGCUGACCCUGGGCGAGUACGGCAGGACUGUCGUGCCUUUCUCGGCUCCCGAGACCUCCCGGCGGGGCCGGCAGCUGUCCGAGCUCCUGAAGGACAUGCUGCAGGCCGAGGGGCAGGAGCCCCGCGAGGUGCUGGGCGACCUGGAGGAGUUCCUGAUUUUCAGGGCCUCCGUGGAGGGGGGCGGCUUCAACGAGCGCUGCCUUGUGGCGGCGUCCUUCAGGGACGUCGGCGAGCGCACGGUCGUCACCGCCCUGUUCAACAACCAGGCGUACCACUCCCCCGCCACCGCGCUGGCCGUCGUGGACAACCUCCUGUUCAGGCUGCUGUGUGGCCCUCGGGCCUCCAUCGUGGUCUCCAACCACCCCCAGCCACGAAGCGCCCUGCAGGCUGCCAAGGACCAGUUCAACGAGGGCCGGGAGGGCUUCGACAUCACCCUCAACCUGCUCCUCGCCAUGGCGUUCUUGGCCAGCACGUUUGCCGUCCUGGCUGUCAGUGAGCGGGCCGUGCGGGCCAAGCACAUGCAGUUUGUGAGCGGGGUGCACGCGGCCACAUUCUGGCUGUCUGCCCUGCUGUGGGACCUCGCCUCCUUCCUCGUCCCCAGCCUGCUGCUGCUGGUGGUGUUCACGGCCUUUGAGGUGCGCGCCUUCACGCAGGACGGCCACGUGGCCGACACCCUGCUGCUGCUGCUGCUGUACGGCUGGGCCAUCAUCCCCCUCAUGUACCUGAUGAGCUUCCUGUUCUCGGGGGCGGCCACUGCCUACACCAGGCUGACCAUAUUCAACAUCCUGUCUGGCAUCGCCACCUUCCUGGUGGUCAUGAUCAUGCGCAUCCCAGCGGUAAAGCUGGAAGAACUUUCCAGAACCCUGGACCACGUGUUCCUGGUGCUACCCAACCACUGUCUGGGGAUGGCGGUCAGCAGCUUCCAUGAGAACUACGAGACGCGGCGGUACUGCACCUCCUCCGAGGUGGCCGCCCACUACUGCCACAAGUACAACAUCAAGUACCAGGAGAACUUCUAUGCGUGGAAUGCCCCAGGGGUGGGCAGGUUCGUGACCUCCAUGGCUGCCUCAGGGUUCAUCUACCUCGCCCUGCUCUUCCUCAUCGAGACCAACCUGCUGUGGGGGCUGCGGACCACCGUCUGUGCCUUCUGGAGGCGGCGGACGCUGACAGAACUGUGCAGCCGUAGCGCAGUGCUGCCCGAGGACCAGGAUGUGGCCGCCGAGAGGAGCCGGAUCCUGGCCCCCAGCCUGGAUGCCCUGCUCGACACGCCUCUGAUGGUCAGAGAACUCUCCAAGGUGUAUGAACAGCAGGCGCCCCUCCUGGCCGUGGACAAGCUCUCCCUCGCGGUCCAGAAGGGGGAGUGCUUUGGCUUGCUGGGUUUCAAUGGAGCCGGGAAAACCACGACAUUCAAAAUGCUGACCGGGGAGGAGGCCAUCACUGCUGGGGAUGCCUUCGUGGGGGGCCACAGCGUCAGUACUGAUAUCGGGAAGCCGUGACCUCAGCUGGGCCAAGGUAUUUGGGAUUCUGGAGAAAGCCAAGGAGAAGUACGGGGUGGACGACUACUCGGUGAGCCAGAUCUCGCUGGAGCAAGUCUUCCUGAGCUUCGCCCACCUGCAGCCGUCCGCCACAGAGGAGGGACGGUGAAGAGCUGCCCACUGCCGCGCCUGGCACCUGGCAGGGGCAGGGUGGGCACUGUGGCGUGUCCUCUCCCUCCACAUUAAUCUUGUCCUUUGUUUUAAUCACUGUUUUCUAUGGUGGAUGUGAAAAAUGAGGACAGUGCGCACAGGGCAGACCCAUGUCCGUGCCCUCGCCAGGGUCAGCAUGCCGGGGCCACUCAAAGGCAGACUCUAACUCAUGCCCAGAUCGAGGCUGGCAGCCUGAGCAGCGGGGCCUCGGGUAGAGCUGUCCCGGGAAGAGACCUCACAGACCGGGAGCUCAGAGACAGGACCCACGACGUGUCCACAUUUACACGUGGCACCAAGCUCCCUGGUGAGGACGCGGGAAGCCAAUGGGGAUGAACCACAGCAAAGCCCCAGGCUGUGGAGAACAGAAAGUGGCGCAUCACCGUCACAGGGAAGACGCUAGCUGGCCACGUGCCAAGGUGCUAGUCCCCAGCCUGCCCAGGAAGCUGAGUCACGCCAGCUGAGCUGACCCUGGGCUGGGCAUCUUCCAGGAGCAGCAGGGAGGGAAGGUGCCAGUCUGUCCCCAACACUGCGCCUUGGAGAAGCCACCAGCCCUGGAACAGUCAGGGACCGAGCACUACAGGGGCCGAGCAGCAGUCUCGAGGUACACUAAACACUUUGUGCAGAAGAUAAAGGCCGAGGGGUCAUGACCAGUCACAUGUGUGAGGGUCAGGGCUCAGUCACCCGCAAGCCCUUUGCUCUGCUGACAAAAGCAGGAAGUUGCUUUUCCAAUAUGGGGAGGAGUCUUCCUGAAUCCAUUGCCAUGAGAUGAAAGUAUAGGCCCAAAGCACAACUGAAAAAGCAGAUUAAGUAAAUGCCCAACUGACUCCCUUAGUCCGCACCCGAGGAGGAAGUACGGGGCUGGGGUAGGGCCAGCCGGCCUGGUGGGCAGGUGGCCUCUGGCUCCAGGCUGCCCACGGGUAGCAGGCCGUUUUCCACCCCUGGCCGCCCCUUUAUGCACUAUCAAGUCAUCCGUUUCUAAAGCUCCGUGAUUGACAUUCCUGUCCAUUUUACAUUCCCUCACAAUUUGCUUUUCAUCCCAAAAAGACUUGUUUUCAUCCCUUUCACUCAUUUGGGACAAUUUCAAAAAACAAUUUUUUUUAAUCCGUCUUGAAAAUUUUGAAAGCUGAAA